AUGCUCCAAGUACCCAUAAUAGCCCGAGAGAAAUGCCAAAGCGCGUACCCGGGUACAGUCGUUACCCUGAACAUGUUCUGCGUGGGGUGGAUGACGAACGGAAACAGAACUUCCUGCGAGGGGGACUACGGGGGGCCGGGCAUCGUCAGGGGCACGCUCCAGGGGGUGGUUUCUUGGGGAAGGGGGUGCGGGGUGGCCAAAUGGCCGACGGUGCUCACGAAGGUGGUGAAUUUCGUCGGGUGGAUCAAGGAGACUACGGGGACUGAUGUUGGGUACUUGUCGUAUGCUUAA